UGCUUCGACAGCAUUCCUCGUACUUGCUGCUCUCACGUCAUUGGCCACCGCAGCGCUGCGAAGCGGAACCAGGCUCGGAUUCAGCGACGCUCAUUGGUCAUCCUGUCGGCCAACCCGGAAGAAGCCGGCGCGAGGUGCGCGCCUCAGUGCUCCCGAAGAUGGCGGGGGUGUUUGAGGUGGAGGUUGACGGCGUAGAGCACGACCACGGACACGGACAUCACGAUGAAGCACAGCAGGUUGAUUUGUCUCAACUUUCAGCUGAAGAGAAGUGGAGAUUGGAACAUGCCAGGAUGCAUGCCAAGCACAAGGGGCACGAAGCCAUGCAUGCUGAGAUGGUACUCAUCCUCAUUGUGACACUUGUCCUGGCCCAGCUGCUCCUGGUGCAGUGGAAACAGAGGCACCCCAAGUCCUACAAUCUGGUGACACUCUUCCAAAUGUGGGUCGUCCCACUGUACUUCACCACCAAGCUGCACUGGUGGCGAUUCCUUGUCACAUGGUUCAUCUUCUCAGCGGUCACCGCGUUUGUCACCUUCCGCGCCACACGGAAACCGCUGAGCUGCACAACCCCCAGGCUGGUCUACAAAUGGUUCCUGCUCUUAUACAAGCUGAGCUACACAACAGGGAUUGUGGGCUACACUGUUGUCAUGUUCACUUUGUUUGGCAUAAAUCUAAUUUUUAGAAUAAAGCCAGAAGAUGCAAUGGAUUUUGGGGUCUCGCUGCUCUUCUACGGCCUUUACUAUGGAGUGCUUGGGCGGGACUUUGCAGAAAUGUGUGCAGACUUCAUGGCCUCCACAGUUGGGUAUUACAGUGCAUCAGGCAUGCCCACUAAGCACCUGUCAGACAGCAUCUGUGCAGUGUGUGGCCAGCCAAUCCUGGUGGAUGUGAGCGAGGAAGGCAUCAUCGAGAACACAUACAGACUGUCCUGCAACCAUGUAUUCCAUGAGUUUUGCAUACGAGGCUGGUGCAUCGUGGGAAAGAAACAGACCUGUCCAUACUGCAAAGAGAAGGUGGACCUUAAGAGAAUGUUCAGCAACCCGUGGGAAAGGCCGCAUGUCAUGUAUGGACAGCUUCUGGACUGGCUACGCUAUCUUGUUGCCUGGCAACCAGUGAUCAUAGGCGUAGUACAAGGAAUCAACUAUACCCUCGGACUGGAGUGAAGACUGGUCGAACAAGGGAAGAUAACAUGGUGCACACAGACUGCGAAAGAACAUGCUAGACCAGUCGAUGGACUUGGGUUGGGGAGCUAGAACUUUGUAAUGAACUUUUAUAUGUAUAUGUACAUAUACAUACACAUGCAUAUUGGUAUGUUUUAUGUAUACGUAUAUAUAAACAUGUACAGGUACUUACUAAUCUGUAUUUAAUAAGGAAAAAAUGCAUUUUCCAGCAACAUGGGAUUAAAUUUUUCUUUAUUUGUAAUGUUUUCAUUUAUGUGAUUUUAUGAGUUCAAAAAAUUUGGGCUUUUUGUGAGAGGAUGAAUCCAUUUGAUUUUUAAAGCCUCUCUGAAGUCUUAAAACACCUUUCCUUUUAAAUGGUCAUUUCAUUUUAGAUUGUUCAGGUGUGUGCUCACCUUGAUACCACCACAGCUAACCUGCAGUGGGAUGGGGCUUCUUACCUGGUGUCCAGUGCUUUCAGUUUUGUCCCCUUUUUAAAAUAGCCAACAAACAUGAUUGAAACUAAUCAGAAGGGGCUCUUGGAAAGAUGGGCAGUUAUGUACACCAGUUGGGUGCAUUUCUUUCACUGGCCAAGUGUGUGUGUGUGUGUGUGUGUGUGUGUGUCCAGGGAGGUGAUCCUACGGAUAUUGCCUAUAUGCUGCUGUGUCACUGUACAUGAGGGGUGGAGCAGCAGUAACAGUAUGUGACUCGUGCUCACAUGGUUUACUCUGGUAAUGGGGACCCUCCUGUGUCACUGGCGCACUGAGGCCUGGUGACUUGGAUGACAUGUUGGAUAUUAAAACUUUAACAAAUCCAGACUAAGUGCUGUUCAUGUAUUUGUCUUCUCCCCAUACUUCUAGAGUUUGCACUUGAGUCUGGGCUGUGAGCCCAUUGUUAAAGUGUUCUAAGUUUCAAUAUUUUUAAAACGAUGUUAUCUACAGUAUAUGUUGUAAUUAGACUUGGUGGAUUUCUGAGCUUGUUGAAAAUGUAUGUCGCACUUUAAUCCGGUAAUUGGUGGGCAUAUGAUAUGGUGAACCCAGCAACGCAGACAGUGUCACGUGAAACGUUUUAAAUAUGUAUUUUACUGGAAUGACUGGGGAAGUGUAUAAAGUUUGGUAUUUUCCCGCCUUUUGUAUGUACUUGUUGGGGAAAUGUCAUGAAUCAAUGUGAUUCCUGAACGGAUUCCCCCCGCGGAUGAAGCGGCUAUGAAACGUGCGCCGAAGUCCGUCGUCGAGGCUGCGCGUGACUGGCGACUCUCGGAUCGCUGGCAGGGCGAGAUCUCCGCGCGCGCGGAGCGACUUGUGCUCUCGAGAGCACCUGGAAACCACAACUAUUAAACAUAUGAACAGAAAGUGCUGCAGUCCGUGUUUUUUUUCCGCGCUGCUCGUGUCACCACGGCGCGUAGGGGAAGCGAUGACGCACCGGGGAGCGUGACGAGCGCGAGCGUUUAAAAAGUCGCGCAACGAUGAGCGCCGGCACGAGGGUCGCGAUCCGCUCCGCGAGGACACAGUAGUUCACGAGGCAGCAGCAUCAUGGGGCGUGAACUGAUUCAGACAGGGCCUGGAGCUCCGCUCACAUUCACUGCGGUGCUCAUUGGAAGCAUGUAUUUGCUGAUGGCUUCAGCACUUCCAGAGGUGACAGGGCCUCGUAUCACCAGUCCCGUGAAGCCCAGGAUAAGAGCCGAUCUGGGACGACCGCUGGUGAUAUCCUGCAAAGCUGAUCCAGGAUUUCCAGAUGACUUCACUCUGAUCUAUUGGCUGGCAAAUAAUCAGUUCAUAGAGAUGAAGUACCCUGACAGCAGGGUCACAGAGGCUGAUGAGAGAAGAGAGACCAGAAACCAAACAGUUUUCAUCCAGAGAGACCUGGUGUUUCAAAAUGUUCUUCAGGAGGAUUUUAGCUCCAAUUACACCUGUGUUGUGAUGAGCCCUGCAGGGAUCAACAAAAUUACAGUCCACCUGGAGAAAAGCAAUCGGAAAAACAUCCGUAACAGGAAAUCUAUUGGAAAGAAUGGCAAGGGAAUGAAAUUUCUGAGACGCAGUAAACAUUGAAGGCUGCCUCAAACCUGGAAGCAUGCAUUCAUUUUUCAUAUCAACAAUGCAUGCAAUCCUCCAUGUGUUCACUUAGUGGUUGUCUGUGUUUGGCUUGUCAGUAGCUACCUCCUUUAUGUUUAGUCUUUUUUUUUUUUUUCUUUCUUUUAAUAUACUGAAUUUGGCAGACCGCUUAUUAAAGGGUGCUAUAUACCAUGGGCAUUGUACCUUUGUUUCAUUUUCAUGUAAUUUGUUGUUUCCAAUUUAAGUUUUCUUUCAAAUGACAUUUUUUUUCUAGCUGUUUGACAGUCAUGAAACUGACUGAUAUGGAUUUAACUUUAUAACAUAAAAUUCUUAGUGUAUUUGUGGAUGUUUUGAAUGAAUUUUGAGCAUCUUAAUUUUGUAAAUUGCCAUAAUCUAUGGAUUUAUUCAUUUUGGCUGUUCAAAUGUGGAUUUUUGAACUCUGUUUUAAAGCAGCUAAUGACCUGUUUAUCUUCAUAAAUACAUGCAAGGCAUGGGGGGAGAACUGUAAGGGAAGAAUUUGUAAAUCUGAAAUAUUUAUAAAUAAACAGCCACUGACUGCA